GCAUUGUGAGCCAUUGGGUGGGUCUGUGGGGUCGGCCAUUGUGAGCCACUAGCCUGACUUGGUUGUUUCCUGGCAACCAGGUGACAUAGGAGGCUUUGUGGUUACUAGGCAACGGCCAGGGCCAGCAGCCUUCAGUCCAUAGCUGGCAGUAGAAGGAGGAGGAGCUCCGACUACAUUCUGUCACUUGUGCUUCUUGGACUUUUUUGUGAGUUUAGAUGCCCAAUGGGCAACACAAUCAGUAGCUGCCUGGGCUCCAAGGGUGGCCGCCGCUGUGACCGCUACAGGCCAGAUGUGGGAAACUCCCAGGAGGCUGAGAAUGCUAAGGCUGUGGCAGCCACAGCACCAGCAUCCAAUAGUGGGAAGCAGGAAAAAUUUGAUUUGAGAGCCCGGAAGGCCCAGGUCAUGCAGGACCUCAGCCGCCCGAAGACGCCGAAGAUGCCGGAGAUGCCCAAAGGUUUGGACGCCGACACCAAGCGCUACUUAAGAAUGAUAUGGAGACGGCAUGGAAUUUGGCCUCUAGAAAAUACAGAUUUGGUCGAAGAUCUCAGUAAAGGCCCACCUGUCCAUCUUGUCCCAGAUGUGGGACCCGCCCACGAGGCUGAAAUUCAUAACGCUGCGGCAGCCACAGCACCAGCCGCAGCACCAGCCACAACCACUGGAAAGCGGGCCAAAUUAGACUUCAGGGCCAGGAAGGCCCAAGUCAUGCAGGACCUAAGCCUCCCGAAGACGCGGGAGACGCCGGAGAUGCCCAAAGAUUUGGUCGAAGAUCUCAGUAAAGGCCCACCUGUCCAUCUUGUCCCAGAUGUGGGACCCGCCCACGAGGCUGAAAUUCAUAACGCUGCGGCAGCCACAGCACCAGCCGCAGCACCAGCCACAACCACUGGAAAGCGGGCCAAAUUAGACUUCAGGGCCAGGAAGGCCCAAGUCAUGCAGGACCUAAGCCUCCCGAAGACGCGGGAGACGCCGGAGAUGCCCAAAGAUUUGGUCGAAGAUCUCAGUAAAGGCCCACCUGUCCAUCUUGUCCCAGAUGUGGGACCCGCCCACGAGGCUGAAAUUCAUAACGCUGCGGCAGCCACAGCACCAGCCGCAGCACCAGCCACAACCACUGGAAAGCGGGCCAAAUUAGACUUCAGGGCCAGGAAGGCCCAAGUCAUGCAGGACCUAAGCCUCCCGAAGACGCGGGAGACGCCGGAGAUGCCCAAAGAUUUGGUCGAAGAUCUCAGUAAAGGCCCACCUGUCCAUCUUGUCCCAGAUGUGGGACCCGCCCACGAGGCUGAAAUUCAUAACGCUGCGGCAGCCACAGCACCAGCCGCAGCACCAGCCACAACCACUGGAAAGCGGGCCAAAUUAGACUUCAGGGCCAGGAAGGCCCAAGUCAUGCAGGACCUAAGCCUCCCGAAGACGCGGGAGACGCCGGAGAUGCCCAAAGAUUCGGAUGAAGAUCUCAGUGAAGACUCACUUGACUCCCUUGACUCACUUGACUCACUUGACGAUUUUGAAAACCCUAUGACACUGGAGAUGGCAAGGGAGAGAUUGGAUGAUUACCUCUGCUGGCUUAAGAUGGCAGCAUCUCGGCUCAAUGAACCCAUCUGCCCCCACGUUCGAGGACUUCUCCGGCGUUCGCCUCCCAAGUAGCUGGGUUACAGACGGCUGCCAUCACACCCAGCUAAAAUCAUUUUAUGAAUGCAUAUUUCCAUCUGGGUGAAAUAAAAAUCACAAGCCUCUCUCCCUACUGAGAACCUGUGAACAGUGACCUGCAGUUUGUGGCUUCAGCCAGUCCUCAUGGAGCCUGGUGUUCUUACAUUUCAUUCUGAGGCUCACAUUCUCAGUCACCCUGCAGGAGAACAACUGCCCCAUCCUGGGUCAUUACAGAUUGGGCCAAUCUAUCUGCUGCAUCUGAGGAGCUGGGUCCAGCUUCUACGGUGAAUGCACAUAUUGCUGUAUUUCCUGGAUAAGGAAGAGGAAAGGAGCUGAGCUGGUGGAGGAAGAAGAGCUAAUAUUAACUGAGUCCUUAUUUUGUUCCAGUUACUGUGCGAGUUACAUAUUUUAUCUCAUGUAAUUCUUACCAAACAGUAAGGGGGUUUGGGAGUGAUGGAGACAAUAUUGAUGUUAUAUUUCUUGCCCAAGGUCACUCAGCUGCUAAGAAUUAAGAGUAUAUUGAUGUUAUCUCCAUUUUAGGGUGAGAAAAUGAAGGCUCAGAAAGGUUAUAUGUUUUACUUGCACCACACGGUGUUUGUUUGAUAUCAUCUGGCCACUUAAGACAGGGAGAUUUAAAAUGAAAAAUCCAGAUUUCCCAUUCUUUUUUUUUUUUUUUUUUUUGAGACAGAGUCUCACUCUGUCACCUGGGCUGGAGUGCAGAGGUGCAAUAUUGGCUGACUGUAACAUCUGCCUCCCAGGUUCAAGCAAUUCUUCUGCCUCAGUCUCCCGGGUAGCUGAGAUUACAGGCGUGCACCACCAUGCCUGGCUAAUUUUUGUAUUUUUAGAGGAGACGGGAUUUCACCAUAUUGGCCAGGCUGGUGUCGAACUCCUGACCUCGUGAUCCGCCUGCCUGCGCCCCGCAAAGUGCUAGGAUUACGGGUAUGAGCCACCACGCCUGGUCCAGAUUUCCCAUUCUUUCUAAAAACCAGAAGACCUGGCCACACUGGGUCCUCUUCCCCCGCCAGCAGUGAUCCUCUGGAGUUUCUGAGAGGGUUCAUGCCACACCCACUCCAUCGCCUGCUGCCUUUCCCACCUACUCCAGUUAACUCACUGCAUCACCUCCUGACCUGUCAGUGUCUGGGCUCGUGAUUCCUGUGUAAACAAAACCUUCUAUUGGGAAGAAAGUUUUAUGAAGGGAGCUGUAUGAGGGGAGACAUGGGUCCCUAGACACCCUAAAGGAGAGACUGAAGUGGACCCAAGCUAUAAACCCUCCCCUGUCAGCCAGCUUCCAGCUGCCACCAGGCCUACUCCUGCACACCUGACAUCUUUGCCCACGGUCAUCGAUGCAAUCACUUUCUUCACUGCCGCCUCCUUCUUCUUCUUGUCACUGUUGAGCUCUGCCUUCAGCUCAAAGAUGUCCCCUAAGAAAACGAGGCAAGCAUGAGCGAUCUCUCCCUACCCUGGCAGGGGACGAUUCCCAGUAUCUAACUUCCAAAAGAACUGGAGGGAGGCACGUAAGACAUCCUAUGCUGUUGGCUGAGGGCAGCUUCAGGUGCCUGGCCUCAGGUGGGACAGGCAACAGUGAGGGACGACUGUUAGGAUAGGAAUUAACAAGAUGGAAGCUUGGAGACCAGGUGUAGUAGCUCACACCUGUAAUCCCAGCACUUUAAGAGGCUGAGGAUCCGCCAGGCACGGUGGCUCACGCCUGUAAUCCCAGCGCUUUGGGAGACCGAGGCAGGCGGAUCACGAGGCCAGGAGAUCAAGACCAUCCUGGCCAACAUAGUGAAACCUCAUCCCUAAUAAAAUACAAAAAAU